UGCGGCUCUGCCUGCGUCACAAGCCCCAGCAUGCUGAGCGCGAGCGGCAGUGGGCGCGUUGGCCAACAUGGACGGUGAUGGAGCCGCUCUGGUGCAGGACUCUGUGAAAGCGCUGCUUCUGGAUGAAUGCUAUGCAGACUUCUUGAAAGAAGAAUUUGAUGUCAAGACCUACACAGCUCAAUCAAUUCAUCAAGCAGUGAUCGUUGAGCAGUUGGCAAAACUUGCUCAAGGAAUCAGUCAAUUAGAUAAAGAGCUUCAUGUGCAGGUUGUUGCAAGACAUGAAAACUUGCUGGCUCAGGCCACUGGCAUAGAGUCACUAGAAGGAGUUCUUCAGAUGAUGCAGACCCGGAUUUCUGCUCUUCAGUGCACUGUUGACAGGAUCAGAGGAAAAAUUGUUGAUCCGUAUAACAAGAUUGUUGCUCGGACUGCACAGUUGGCCAGAUUACAGGCAGCUUGUGAUUUGCUUCGAAGAAUAAUCCGUAUUUUGUACCUAAGUAAGCGAUUGCAAGGCCAGCUGCAGGGAGGAAGCAGGGAGAUUACUAAAGCUGCACAAAGUCUCAAUGAAUUGGAUUAUCUUUCACAAGGAGUUGAUCUCUCUGGGAUUGAAGUUAUAGAAAAUGAUCUCCUUUUUAUUGCAAGAGCCCGACUUGAGGUAGAGAAUCAAGCCAAGCGGUUACUUGAACAGGGAAUGGAGACGCAGAAUCCUACACAGGUAGGAACUGCUCUUCAAGUUUUCUACAACCUUGGAACCUUGAAAGAGACCAUCAGUAAUGUAGUAGAUGGGUAUCGGGUGUCUCUUGAAGAUAAUAUCGGCAGUGCUUUGGAUGUAAAAGUGUUAACUCAGCCAAUUCAAACCACCAUGAGAGCAGGACCUGGACGAGCCACAAUGCCUUCCCCAGGCAACACACCAGCUUUCCGUGCAGCCCUUUGGACAAAUAUGGAGAAACUAAUGGAUCAAAUUUGUGCUGCAUGUGGACAAGUGCAGCACUUACAGAAGGUUUUGACAAAGAAAAGGGAUCCUGUGACACAUGUCUGUUUUAUUGAUGAAAUAGCCAAGGAUAGUCACACAGACAUUUUGUAUGCUUUCUGGAACUCUGUUACUGAAAUGCUGACUUUGAAAUUUCAGCAAGCUACAAAUUCAUCCACAUAUCUGAAGCAAGCAUUUGAAGGAGAAUAUCCAAAGUUGUUGCGGUUAUAUAAUGAUUUGUGGAAACGUUUGCAACAGUACAGCCAUAGUAUACAGAGUAGUGUUACUACAGGUGGAUUUUCUGACAUGCCUGCUGAAUUUCCACUAGAAGAUGAAGAUGCGCAAGAUCUAUUUAUGUUGAAGAAACAGGAUUAUGACCCUGAAAAGGCCUUGAAAGAUUCUCUACAAUUCUAUGAAUCCGCCUACCUCUCAAAAUCAUUAUCACGUCUCUUUGACCCAAUCAACCUUGUCUUUCCUCCUGGGGGACGUAAUCCACCUUCAAAUGAUGAACUUGAGAGCAUCAUUAAAACAAUUACAAGUGAAUUUAAUGUGGCCUCUGUUGAUCCAAACCUGAGCCUGGCAGUUGCAAAGAAUGUUGCUAAAACCAUUCAUUUAUUUGGAGUAAAAUCUGAACAGCUUCUCUGUACUCAAGGAGAUGCAAGUCAAGUGAUUGGGCCUCUAACAGAAGGACAGAGAAGGAAUGUAGCUGUAGUGAAUUCAUUAUACAAAUUGCAUCAGUCAGUGCUGAAGGUGCUGUCUACCCUGAGCUCUUUCCCUUCAGCUGCUGAUCAAACAGUUAGAACAGCAUUGGAGACAGUUCAAGCUCUCAUGGGAAGUGCAGUACAGCCAUUGCUAAAUUCUGUGGAAGAUUCGGUUGAAGCCAUUAUUAUCACGAUGCACCAAGAAGAUUUUGCAGGGUCUUUGUCUGGGAAGCCAGAAGUGCCAUGCUCUCUUUACAUGAAAGAAUUGCAAGGUUUCAUAUUGCGCAUCAUGAGCGACUACUUUAAAAACUUUGAAUGCGUGGACUUCAUCUACGACAGUACAGAAAAUAUUGCACAGAGAGCCAUUCAACUAUUUAUUCGUAAUGCAAGUCUACUGAGACCACUGGGUGAGGGAGGUAAAAUGAGAUUGGCUGCUGACUUUGCACAAAUGGAAUUAGCUGUGGCACCACUUUGCAGAAGAGUGUCUGAUCUGGGAAAAUCAUACCGAUUAUUAAGAUCAUUCAGACCAUUACUCUUCCAAACAAGUGAACAUAUUGCUAAUAGCCCAGCUGCAGGGGAUGUUAUUCCAUACAGCACCAUUCUUCAUUUCCUGUUUACCAGAGCACCAACUGACCUAAAGUCCCCUCACCAGAGGGCAGAAUGGUCUAUAGCACGGUACUCUCAGUGGCUUGACGACCAUCCAUCGGAAAAGGAUCGAUUAAUUCUCAUCAGGGGUUCUCUUGAAGCUUAUGUUCAAUCAGUACGAGCAAGAGAAGGGAAAGAAUUUGCUUCGGUAUAUCCAAUAAUGUUGCAACUGCUCCAAAAAGCCAUGGCUGCAGUACAGUAAAUGAUUUUUUUUCCUGAACUAAGGGUUGUUUCUGAACCCAUGCAUUAUUUCCUGUCUGCAUUAUUUAGAUAAUAUGUCACAUUUAUUAUGAAUUAAGUUAUCAAUUAUCUUCAACUUCUUAGUGUUAAUUCUUCAAAUUUCAUUGGACCAAUUUAUUUUACUUCUGGGAGCAGGAACUCUUACACUAAUAAUCUACUUUGGUAAAUCAGUUAAGGACAUCUGCAGAAGCUACUACUCUUUGAACAAUGCAUUACGUCUCCUUCCAUCAACCUAAGGGGUUGAUGUGCUGAAAUUUAAAAUUAUCAUGAACUGAAUAAGGAUCCAAUUAUUAACAGUAGUUGAUUGAACUUGGUGAAGAAGCUUCUCUAGGGCAUUGCUCUUAACAUACAGCUAUUCACAGAACUGUUGAAGCAAAAUUUUAAAAAAAUCAUUUAAAAUAAGGAUUUUUUUAAAUUUAAUGAUCAAGUAGGUGACAAUAGAUUAACACUUGUUGACUAAUUGGCAUAUGUAUUACAAUUAGUGAAUAUAAAUACUUUUAGUUCUGUUGUAGAAUAAAAUUGAAAAAGCAAUAAUUUAAACUGGUUCUGGUUUAGGGAGGGUCAAAGUGCAUUUUACAAUGCCAGGAUAAAAAGCAAAGCUCACCAAUUCUGUAAGGUAGACAUAUAACCUACAAAACUAUAGAUUUAUUAAAGAAUUUGUCAAUUCUGAAUACUGUUUCUUUAAUGUUAUUUCACAUCUUCUGUUACUGAACAGGAAAUUUUAGGACCAUUAACCCCUUUCAUUGCAGGUGUUUUUUUUGUUUCAAGUCCUGUUGAAAGCAACACGUGGCAAGAUUCAGUGGAAAUUUGUGUAGUUCAGAGGUACAGUCAUUCCCAACCCCCACUACAGCACAUUAAAAAUAUGGCUAAAGGAAAUGCCAAGUAUAUGCUCUGAUUGCUAGAAUUAACCCUCAGCUUAUGUUGGAAGAUCCAUGGGGCAGACAAAUUUAAGGAAGUGGAAGAGGAGAAAAGUUAGCUGGUUUAAUUAGCCACAAUGAGGAGUGAUGGAGGGGAAAUGAAUGUUUCUGUAAUCAAAUAAUUGUGUCAUUAUGUUGAUGUUUAUAAUUUUUCUUUAUGAUGGCCUUUGCUUGUAUUAGUCAGCUUUAACCCCCUAAUCAUACUUGUUCAUUGUGCAGCUGUCUCCAUGUACACAAUCUCAGGGGAGAAAAAAUGAUAUAUAGUAAGAUAUGUCAGUCACGUACCUUUGCUGCCUAAUAAAAUAAUAUCAAAAGACU